GUAAAGCGUCGUGUUUUGGACAGAAGGAGGUCAUUAGAAAGUGAGGAGUAAGUACGUGCGGGUCCUCUGUUCAUAGAGACAGUCAGUGCCAGCUUAUUUCUGAUGCUGGUGUAAGGUAAAUACAUUAUUUAACAGCUUUGUAUAGUAUUACAACCGCUGCGAAAUGCUUCGUUUAAUCCUGCGGCUCAGGCCGUCCACCGGGCUCUCCUGUCCCCGUGCCCUCCCUGCUGGGCCUGCUGCGCUCGUCUCCCGCUCCGUGCCCGGAACCGGCUGUCUGAGGCGGCUUCACUGCGGUGCAGGGUCCCGAGUCGUGUCUCUUGGUUCAGGCUUCACUCAUAGAGCGGCAUUGCUGCGGUAUCCCCAGCUGGCAGGGGCCUGUCAAAGCAAACGUUUCUACAGUCUUCCGCCGCACCAGAAGGUGGAGCUUCCUGCGCUCUCACCCACCAUGCAGACAGGGACAAUCGCUCGCUGGGAGAAGAAGGAAGGAGAUAAAAUCAGCGAGGGCGACCUCAUAGCUGAGGUAGAGACUGACAAAGCCACUGUAGGUUUUGAGAUGCUGGAGGAGUGCUAUCUGGCAAAGAUCCUGGUUCCUGAAGGGACCAGAGAUGUCACUGUUGGAUCAGUAAUCUGCAUCACAGUUGACAACCCAGACCUAAUCACAGCCUUUAAGGACAUAACGUUGGACUCACUCAAAUCUGCUGGUGCUGCUCCUUCACCUGCUGCCUCUGUGCCUCCUCCUCCUUCUCCUGUUGCUGCUGCUCCUCCUGCAGCCCCAGGCAGCUCUUACCCGCCACACAUGAAGAUUGCACUUCCUGCACUCUCCCCCACCAUGACGAUGGGAACGGUGCAACGCUGGGAGAAGAAAGUCGGAGAGAAGCUGAGUGAAGGCGAUCUGCUGGCUGAGAUUGAAACUGACAAGGCCACUAUUGGCUUUGAGGUUCAGGAAGAGGGCUACUUGGCGAAGAUUAUGGUGGCAGAGGGAACACGGGAUGUUCCUCUGGGAACGCCGCUGUGCAUCAUUGUGGAAAAAGAAAGUGACAUCGCUGCCUUCAAGGAUUAUGUUGAGACAGGGGUGGUUGAGGUCUCUACACCACUUCCUGCUCCAGCAGCGACAGUAGCUCCGACUGCUGCAGUGCCCAGCCCUGCUCCGCUAGCUGCUGCCCCAGCAGCACCCAGGAAGGGUCGGGUGUUUGCCAGCCCCCUGGCCAAGAAACUUGCUGCUGAAAAGGGGAUUGACCUCGCACAAGUUAGUGGUUCCGGUCCUGAUGGGCGCAUCACGCGGAAAGAUAUAGACAGCUUUGUUCCACCAAAGGCUGCACCUGCACCGGCUGUAACUGCUGCUCCCACUCCAGCUGCUGCCCCAGCUGCUCCCGCACCCGCUGCAGCUCCUGCUGCCCCUGCUGGCACCUUCACAGACAUCCCAAUCAGCAACAUCCGCAAGGUUAUCGCUCAGAGGUUGAUGCAGUCCAAGCAAACCAUCCCCCACUAUUAUCUAUCUGUAGAUGUCAACAUGGACCAAGUGCUAGAGCUUCGAAAAGAGCUCAAUGAGGAGGUUAAAGCCCAGAAUAUCAAGCUUAGUGUGAAUGACUUUAUCAUCAAAGCCAGCGCUCUGGCCUGCCUCAAGGUUCCUGAGUGCAACUCCUCCUGGUUGGAAACAGUCAUUCGCCAGAAUCAUGUGGUGGACGUGAGCGUCGCUGUGAGCACAGCUAGCGGUCUCAUCACUCCUAUAGUGUUUAACGCCCACACCAAAGGCCUGGUUGCCAUCAGCUCUGAUGUGUCGGCUCUCGCUGCCAAAGCCAGAGAGGGCAAACUGCAGCCUCAUGAGUUCCAGGGAGGAACGUUCACAAUCUCUAAUUUAGGGAUGUUUGGUAUCAAGAACUUCUCAGCGAUCAUCAACCCUCCUCAGGCAUGCAUCCUCGCUGUCGGAGGCUCGGAGAAGAGGCUGAUGCCCUCUGACAACGAGCGAGGGUUUGACGUAGCCAGCAUGAUGUCGGUGACUCUGAGCUGCGACCACAGGGUGGUGGACGGGGCAGUCGGCGCACAGUGGCUCGCAGAGUUCCGCAAGUUCUUAGAGAAACCCGUCACCAUGUUGUUGUGAUGAGACUGUACAGCCAACGAACAGCAGCAACAGGCAGAGGCCUCUCACAGAAGAGAUCUGAUUGGUCUGGAUCCUCCUGUGAUUGGCUGAUCUGCCACCAGGUCACUCACAGUUAACCUGAAGAGGAAGAGGCAGAGCUCACUCCACACUUACCUGUCUUCUUUCUGCCUCUCCCUUCGGUCUUUCUGUUGUCUUACUGUCUCUCACUCAUUCUAUUUAUUGUGGCCCCGUCUCAUGAGAGACCAGGAUUAGACAUAAUUUAUCCUAGAAUAGAAACAGGCUAUAUGUCUCUGCAACAUUGGUAAUGUUUUAGAAAGGGAAGUGUUACAUGUCCAUACAGCAAGAACAUUUAUCCUAUAUGUGGUGUGUGUGUGCAUUUCUACACACUUUAUUCUGUGACUUUGUAUGAACAUGAGAAAGACCACAAGAAGUGCCACUCUUUGCUGUCAUUUUGAGUCAAGGGUUGCAAUUUUCUGUGUUUGCAGGCAAGAUGAUGGAGCUAAAUGUAAGUUAAUGCUGACUUGAACACAGUCUAGAACUGCACACACACACAAAACUAUCCCUUUUCAACUGCCAUACACACAAUUAAAAUGUUUGCAUUUUCUGUGGGUUAAAGCUACAGCUUGUAUAUUCUUGACUGUGGAUGAACACAGCUGUAUAUUAUGUAUAUGGUGGUGCUUGGUUGGAAUAACCAAGCUCUAUGAAGAUCUCGCCAUACAGUUAAAAACUGUAUAGUCCUGAAUGGUUACAGACUCUUACAGCAAAUACUGAUUGAUUUUGCCAAUUCUGUCCUCAGUCUUUUUCAUUUUCUAGUCUCGGAAACAUUCUGUAUGUCGCAACUGAAACGCACAAGGCUGGUGCUGGAUGUUUGUUAUUUGAAUAAAUUGGAAGAUUUCAACCUUG